GAAAAAUAAAUAAUAACAAUGAGUGAAGUUGUGAAAAUACCAUUGCGACUUGUUAAAACAACAUAUCAUAUUACAACACAAAACACAACGAAAUUUCUACUACAAUCCAUUUGCCACAUGAAAAAUGCUUGUAGUCAGAUUUUUAAAAAUUCAAUUGCAUCAGCUCAAAAAAUAUCAGCUGGAUGUUGGAAAAUUAUUAAGAUGUAUCCAGUGUCAUUAACAUUUAUUGUUAUAAAUAGUGCUAUUAUUUACGGUGCAUAUAAAAUUAAAACAAAUGCUGAAUUUUGGGAAGAAUUAAACAUGGUAAUGGCAGCUUUGAGAGAAACUUUGAAGUAUUCUAUAGUUCCAUCAAAAAUGAUUACAUCUAGUGUAUUAUUUGAUGAUAGUGAAAUAGAAAUAUUCACAAAAGAAGACCAUUUGUCUCUUAAAAACGAUAACACACAUAAUUUAAUAUUAAGCGAAGAGCUGGAUGCAAACGUACAAGAACCAUUUCCAAGAGGAGAACCAAUACCAGUAAAAAUUAAUAGAUUUAAUGGAUCACUUGACAAUGGUAAAUUAACAUUAACAACAGAAGAUGGUGAUACAACAUUUACUUUCCACAACACAUUGAGCCUUGAAGUCAAAAAAACAUCUACAACUUUACAAGAUGAAAUGGCUGCUAUGGAAAAAGAGACAUUUGAACAAAUAAAAAUGGAUAAAUUUAAUAUCUGUCUUUUAGAUAAUAAAAUAACAUUUAAAACCUCGAAAGAUGAAUAUAAGUGGCCUGUUGAAGACGUGAAUUCCAAUUCAAUAUUAGAUUUUAGCGACGCAUUUCCAAUAAUUGGUAAUUUUAGUUUUUCAUUUGAAAAUAUAGUAAAAAUACAAGCAUACGAAAGUGAUGAAGUUUAUCAUUUAAAACACCACGUGAAGUUAGAUUGUGACAGAAAAGUAGAUGAAAAUUUACAAAAUAAAAUUGCCACUAAAGAAGUAUCUCUAAAUGAUAUGAUACCUGGAGGAACGAAAGUAGUAUUCGAUUGUGGUACAAUAGUAUUCAAAACACAAGAUGGUCGUAAAGUAAUUGUCAGAAAUAAAUUUGACUUGGUAAUGGUCGAAGAUGGUAAAAAAACAGCAUAUCUUAAAGGGUCGCUAGAUUUUAAGGCAACUGAAAUGUAA